AUGGCAAGCAAGAAGAGAGUUCAUGUCUGCAAUGGUGAAGAUGAGGAGAAAGAAGAUGAGAAGAUGGAGCAGUUCUUUGCCCUAAUAAGGAAUUUCCAUGAAGCUGUUAAUAGGAGAAAAAAUGAGCUAAGACAAAGGGAUGAAAAGAUGAGGAGGGUCGAUAGUAAGCAAAGAAGUUGGGUUCCAACUUUUGAAUGGGCAGAUUUUGCCGACGAGAUUGAGUUUCGGAGGCCAUCUACAAUUAACAAUAAAGAAGAAAAAGGAAAACAUGAAGAAGAGGAAGAAGGAUUAGAUCUUAGGCUUACCCUUUAG